CUUGCAUGCACUUGUUCAGUCUUCAUUGGGAUGAAGAGGAGGAGGAGGAGGAUGCCACGUGAUUGGCCAGGCGGGAUCUGCUAGUCCUGCUCCUUGCGUCUCCUUGUUUACACCUGGCGGACUGGAAACAAGUCCAGAGUGCCUCUGGUAGACUCGGGCGACCGGCCUGCUUCCAACAGGGCUAUUUGACGAGCGCGAAUUAAUCUUUUCGAUGUUAUUUUGCUUUGGUUUUUUUUACUCUUUUAUCAGUUAACUUAGCUUAAACUUUUUUGAUGACUUUUUUUUUUACCGCUGUUAUUUUAAACACGCUAACUUAUAACCGCAGCCUGGAUGACUAACGACAUGUUUUCGUUGUAAAGUUCCUUGGAGGAGAAAUUACACCAGACUGUCACUUAAUGGUGGGAUCGGACUCUGCUUCUUGCUAUUUUGUGAACAGAUAUAUCGCAUUUCCGGAGAAGAAACACUUAUUUGUGUAUGCGAACAUCCCCCGGACGCUUUGCGGCAGAGUAGCCGGAAAAGAUGCUCUCUUUUCGAAUGCAGCGUGGACAAGCUGGCGGUUCUGUUGUGCUUCUGCUCCUGCUCGGGGGAUAUGUCGUGUGUGAUACCGAGAGCAGCGACUACAGUGAUGCAGAGGUCCUCCCGGACUCUUAUCCGUCAGCACCAGCAGAACCUCUCCCAGAAUUCCUGCUUGAACCAGAAGAUGCUUUUAUUGUGAAGAACAGACCUGUUCAGCUUCGGUGCAGGGCGUCACCAGCCACUCAGAUCUACUUCAAGUGCAACGGGGAGUGGGUCAAUCAAAACGACCACAUCACCAGAGAGAGCUUGGACCAGGUCACAGGGCUAGUGGUGAGAGAGGUGGACAUCUUGGUGUCGAGGACUCAAGUUGAGGAGCUGUUUGGGUUGGAGGACUACUGGUGUCAGUGUGUGGCCUGGAGCUCGGCCGGAACCACCAAGAGCAUCCGUGCCUAUGUCCGCAUCGCAUACUUGAGGAAAAACUUUGAGCAGGAGCCGCUAGGGCGGGAGGUGCGCCUGGAGCAGGAGGUCCUCCUGCAGUGUCGCCCCCCGGAGGGCAUGCCUGCUGCUGAGGUGGACUGGCUGAAGAACGAGGACACCAUUGACCCUUCGCAGGACUCCAACUUUCUGAUCACCAUCGAUAACGAUCUGAUAAUCAAACAGGCCAGGCUCUCGGAUACGGCCAACUAUACUUGUUUGGCUCGUAACGUGGUGGCCAAAAGACGAAGCAGCACAGCGACUGUCAUUGUUUAUGUGAGCGGCGGAUGGUCCUCUUGGACGGAGUGGUCUGAGUGUAAUACAAAGUGCGGGCGGGGCUGGCAGCGACGAACACGUAGCUGCACCAACCCUGCCCCCCUCAAUGGAGGAGCCUUCUGUGAAGGCCCACCCUUCCAGAGAGUGACUUGCACCACAUUGUGCCCAGUGGAUGGAGGCUGGACAGAAUGGGCAAAGUGGUCCGCCUGUAGCACAGAGUGUACCCAUUGGCGAAGUCGCGAAUGCCUGGCCCCCGCACCCAGAAAUGGAGGGAAGCAUUGCAGCGGCAGCAUGAUGGAGAGUAAAAACUGCACUGAGGGGCUAUGUGCACGCAAUAAAAAGAUUUCUAUUGAACAUGCAAGCCAUCCACUGGCGCCUGAUAUGGGUGUGGCGGUCUACGCGGGCCUGGUGGGGGCACUGCUGCUGUGUGUGAUACUGGUCCUGUGCGUGGGCAUCCUGGCAUGCCGGCGCAGAUGUAGCCAUUUCCACGGCGACAUCACUGACUCUUCCUCUGCUCUCACCGCUGCCUUUCACCCUGGCAACUACAAGCCUCCCAGACAAGAUAACCCCCAUCCUCUGCAUCCAUCUGCUCCUCCUGACCUGACAGCCACAGCGGGGGCUUUCCGCAGCCCUCUCUUCUCCUUGCAGCAGGGGGUCAACGACAGCCACAAAAUCCCCAUGACCACCUCCCCGCUGUUAGACCCCUUGCCCAGUCUCAAAAUCAAGGUGUACAACUCCUCCACCCUUUCAUCACUGGAGAUCCCCGCCGACAUGUGCUCGGCAGACGGCGAGAUCCUCAGUCUGAAGUCUGUGGGCACCGGGGGAAGGGAGCGACAGUUUCACAGCCACACGCUGUCCAGAGAUCCCGGGCUGAGCACCAGCGCCACCCUGGGCCAUCUGGGGGGGCGUCUCACCAUCCCCAGCACAGGUGUGAGUCUUCUAGUCCCGCCUGGCACCAUCCCCCAGGGGAAGUUCUAUGAGAUGUACCUCAUCAUCAGCAAAUGGGAGAAAACCACGUUACCCUCAGAGGGCAGUCAGACUGUGCUAAGCCCCGCAGUGAGCUGUGGUCCGUCUGCUUUGCUGCUCAAUCGCCCAGUUGUCCUUACCUUGCCCCACUGUGCCCAGCUGGACACGCCAACACCUGACUGGACACUCACACUGAAGACACAGACCCAUCAGGGAGCAUGGGAGGAGGUGCUGACAGUGGGAGAGGAAAGUUUGUCCUCUCCAUGCUAUUUGCAGCUGGAGGAGGAGUGUUGUCAUGUUCUCAUGGAGCAGCUGGGCACAUAUGGCCUGGUGGGUCAAUCUUGCCCUCCACAGCCUGCCUGUAAGCGCCUUCAGCUGGCUUUGUUUGCACCCCGAGCACCCUGCCUCUCCCUGGACUACAGCCUGCGUAUUUACUGCAUCCAUGACACACCUCAUGCACUUAAGGAGGUGCUGGAUUUAGAAAGGAGUCUGGGUGGAGUCUUGCUGGAGGAUACCAAGCCGCUGCUGUUUAAAGACAGCUAUCAUAAUCUGCGCCUGUCCAUCCACGACAUCCCUCACACUCACUGGAGAAGCAAACUACUGGCCAAGUACCAGGAGAUUCCUUUCUAUCACAUCUGGAGUGGCAGUCAGAGACCUCUGCACUGCACCUUCAGCCUGGAGAGAAGCAGCCUGGUGGUGUCGCAGCUCUCCUGUAAACUCUGCGUGCGACAAGUGGAAGGGGAGGGACAAAUCUUUCAGCUGCACACAGACAUCCAGGAGACCCUCCCCCCACACUCCCCCCACCCCUCUGCAGGCUCCUGUCUGCCCACUUCUCAAAUAGGACCGUAUGCCUUCCGCCUGCCUGAGUCCAUCCGCCAGAAGAUCUGCACCAGCUUAGACGCACCGAGCGCCCGAGGCUGCGACUGGAGACUACUGGCUCGCAGUUUAGGCUUUGACAGGUACUUGAACUACUUUGCAACCAAGCCCAGCCCCACAGGUGUCCUACUGGACUUAUGGGAAGCUUGUCACCAAGGCGACGCAGACCUGGUCUCUCUGGCGACGGCGCUGGAAGAGAUGGGCAAGAGCGAGGUGCUCGUCGUCAUGACGACAGAUGGGGACUGUUGAUUGGCGGCAGGCAAAGAAGAAUGCUAACAAUGCACCUGCCUAUGACAGCACGUACGUGUAGUCGUCGCUUCAUGUACUCGAUUACCUCUUUUUCACUUCAAAAACCCAAAACCGACACGCCGACGUUUGAAAGCCCUUAAAAAGUCCCCACGUGGCGAGAAAAAGCUGCUUCGCCACGUAGGAAACAAAAGAAGAAUGUAUGCGCGCCACGCCGACAACAGCCAACGUGGGACGGCAGCACGGGAGGAAGCGCACCAUCCGACGCCAUCGCACCUCAGGCCAGUCAGGCGCCUUUUUGUUUGCAAAUCUCCACCGUGGUCGUGGGCGGACGCAACAAGUGCGCGCCCACCUGGGGGCGGCAGACGCGCUCAGAACACACGCUCAUUCAUCGGCUGGGAUUUGGGAGAAAUCCUCCCCAAGUCCAACUCUUUCUUUCCUACCAACAAAAUGCCUCAAAGCCUCGGCGUAUAUUCAUCACCGCAACUCGCCGUAAUCUCCUUCACCACCGUUUUCUGGUCAUCCUUUAAAACUUUCCCCCCGCGGGGGGGACACACUUUUUUUUAAGUUGCGCGUCGUUCCAUAAAGCAGGCGUACAUUUCCCCCACACAAAAGUCUCCAUUUAGCGAGGCCGUGCACGAACAAGGCAAGCGAGAGUGUGUAACUUUUACCUCAAGACAAGAUGCUUUGUGUUUUCCUAAUCUGCCUGCUUUGUGGUCAGGACUCCUCAAGCUAUUUUCUCAUCCCAAAGUGUUAAGUUUGGAAGAAAGAGCAAGAAAAAAAAUACAACACAAACGUCUUCAUAUCUUUCAAAUCCCAAAACCAAAACACUUUGCAGUACCACUUGAGCAGUGAGUCAUGUCGCUGCUGUGUGUGAUUGAACUGGAAAUAGAAUGUGUGUGCUGCACAACUCUUAACAGCCCACCUUUAUUAUGUGGAUAUUUUGGUUGGUCCACAUUAAAAAAAAAAAAAAAGCUUGCAUCGACCCAUUAGAUUGUGUGUGUGCGGGUGUGUGUGUGUGUGUGUGUGUGUGUGUGUGUGUGUGUGUGUGUGUGUGUGUGUGUGUGUGUGUGUGUGUGUGUGUGUGUGUGUCUGCUCUAUGCAAGUGCAAAAGACAAGAAAAGCAUUCUGACUUCUUUUGCUUUCCUGGAAGAGUAAUUAUAUUUUUUCAAAUAAAGAGCAUAACAGACAGGGUUUUUGAUUUUCUAUCCAACAAAAAUAAGAAUGCUUAACUUUUUUUUAAUUAUUAUUAUUAUUUCUCCCGAAUGGAUCAACGAUUAUUACAAAAAGUGUGACAUUCUCAACACAAUCGUUUCAGUACAACAAAAGGACCGGAAGUGUAAGCAGUAUUUAUUAUUGGAUUGUUUCCAUGUAGCAUUGAUGCUGUUUUGCUGCAGAUGGAUGGACUCCUCCUUAAUCGCUCCUCUUGAAAAAGAAAUAAGCCUUUGUUUCAAUAAAAAAAUGGAAAAAAAAUGGAAGAAAAUUACAAAAAAAAAAUGGAAGGAAAAGCAAAUGUAUUUCAGUGACAUUUUAUCUCUGUAAAGUACCAGUUGUAAAUAAACAUCUAGCCUUCUUACCUGUAACUAAAUAUAAUUUUUAUGCAAUAAAUUAUAUUUCUUAGUUUAAAAAAAGGAUUUGGUGUGGUUUGUUUUUUGGCAGGAUCUUGAAGAAACGUGAGUACACCGAGCACAUUACCUGCAACCUUUUUAUUACAUACUGAAGAGUAGUCCGUGUACAGCUUGUAUAGCAAUAUGGAUCAACGCACAGUCAUUACUGUGUAAUAGCUAACAACACAUUGUGUCCAAAAUGUAAAUAUUUCAUGAGACCAUUGCCUUAAUCCCCUCAGGUAUGAAAUUGACUUUUGAUUUUCUCUGCCAGUUUAUUAAAUGAAUCUGCAAUUAGAACCCGAAGCAUAUCUAAACAUUAGCAUUUGAUAUUUGCUUUGA